UGCACCCCUUUCUGGCUCUCCUGCAAGGACAGAAGCUUGGCACACCACUUUUUAAAAUAAAUGGCUCUUUGUGAGUCACCUGGAGAUACAACCAUGGAGGCCCGAGAUGACACGAGCUUCAAACUAGAGAAGUCUCCAGGGAGACGAAGAGAAGCCCCACAUGUGCUCCAAGCAGGGAGUAUUGCAGAAUUUCUCAGGAGACCAGGAGAAGAGGUAAAACAAGAACCGGAUGAGUGGGAAAGUCAGUGGCAGGAGUUCCUGAAGACCGUGGAGUCUGCUCAUUUCCACUGGGGAAGCCCACCCAUGUCUGAGGAGCCUGUAAUCUGGGACGACGCCAAGGCCUUCCUGGCCUCCUUCGAGCAGGUGGCUGAGGCCUGCCGGUGGCCCAAGGAGGAGUGGGCGGCCCGGCUCCUGCCAGCCCUCAGCGGAGAAGCUGAGCAGGCCUUUCACAGUCUGGAUGCCCGAGACAAAGAGGAUUAUGGGAAAGUGAAGGCGGCCAUCUUGCGCGGGGACGCCCUGAGCAGGGAGAAGGUUCGCCAGCACUUCCGGCGCUUCUGCUACCAGGAGGCCGAGGGGCCGCGAGUGGCUUACGUCCGGCUCCAGGAGCUGUGCUGCCGAUGGCUGAAGGCCGAGCGGCACUCCAAGGAGCAGAUCCUGGAGCAGCUGAUCCUGGAGCAGCUGCUGACCAUCCUGCCCUCCCCGAUCCAGAGCUGGGUCCGGGAGCGUGGCCCGGAGACCUGCGCGCAGGCCGUGGCCCUGGCUGAGGACUUCCUUGUGAGGCAGGACUCGAACCAGCGACAGGCCGACCAGGUGACGUUGGAGGAGGAGGCAGGGUGUUGCCCCGUGGUCGACCCGACUUUGCCCGGUGCCGAAGGGAGGCAGCUCUGCGUGGGAACCAAGCAAGAAGACAGCCACCUGGAGACUGCCCUGCUGGGAUACCAAGAGUGGAUGGAGCUGGGUGGAGAGGAGGACUAUCUGCCUGAUGAUUCAGAAGUGGUGGGGGCACCCACAGUCGAAGAGACAUUUUCCCAGGAACGCAGCAAGGAAAGCCCUCCAGCAUGUCAGAAGAAGGCCGUGAGCCAACAGGAAGAGUACCCAGCGGAGGAAGAGGAUGGGUCCAUACCUAGUGCAAGCCAUAGCGAAACAGGAACCGAUGCUGCAAAUAAUACACAGGAGAGCAAACAUGAGCAGGAUCCAUAUAGGAUAUCAUCAGAAAGAACUGGCCCUGAGGAACUGAAAGGGAACAUUUGUCAUCCAGAUAGAUUAGAAAUGCAGGAGGGAAAGAGAAGAGAGAAUCCCCUUCUUUGUCCAAGUGAGGAUUUCAGUGAGAUUCCAACCCAACAAAGAAAGCUAGCAGAAAAGAGAAGGAACCAGUGCUUCAAUGCACCUUGGCAGUGCCAUGCUGAGGAACCCACUGGAGAAAGUUUCCAUCAGAGCAGAAACCUUCCUGAAAGUCAAGUGCUCCACAAAGGAGAGAAGCCAUACAAAUGCUUGGAGUGUGGAAAGUGCUUCAAGCAGAAGAGAAGUCUUACUACACAUCAGAGAAUGCAUACAGGGGAAAAGCCAUAUCAGUGCUUGGAGUGUGGAAAGAGCUUCAACCAUGCCUCAAGCCUCACGUCACACAGAAGGAUCCACACAGGGGAGAGACCAUACAAGUGUUCUGACUGUGGGAAAAGCUUCUGUCAGAUCGCCAGCCUUAGUUCUCAUCAAAGAACCCACACCAAGGAGAGACCAUUCAGCUGCUCUGAAUGUAACAAAAGCUUUUGUAGUCAAUCAGAUCUGAUUAAACACAAGAGAAUCCACACAGGGGAGAAACCAUAUAAUUGCCUGGUGUGUGGAAAGAUAUUCUGUCAGAGGAUACACCUUCUUAAACAUCAGAUGAUUCAUACAGGAGAGAAACCAUUCAUCUGCUCAGACUGCGGCAAAAGGUUUACUUACAAAUCAAGACUGACUCGCCAUCAAAGGAUCCACACUGGGGAGAAACCAUACAAAUGCUUGGAGUGUGAAAAGAGCUUCAAUCGGAAUACAAACCUCGCUUCCCAUAAAUUAAUUCACAUGAGGGACAAACCGCGAUAUGGCUGCUCUGACUGUGAGGAUAGCUUCUCUCACCAGUCAAGGCUUCUUCAGCAUCAAAGAAUCAUGCAUGGGAAGAAAUCCUAUAAAUGCUUAGUGUGCGAGAAGAACUUUGGCCGGAGAAAAGAUCUUACUUCACAUCAACGUAUCCAUGUGGAUCAUAUCAGUGUCCAGAUUGUCCCCAGACCUUUUCUGAUCAGCCAGUCUUCUGGGAAACAUAAGAUAACAGACACAGAAGAGAAACGAUACACAUGUUGCAAGCCCAGGGUGGAUUUGGUGGGAGGAAGCCAAGCUGGUGAAGCAGUGCAUCCUGGGAAGACCGGGGGAAGCCACCGAAGGGCCGCCCCACACCCGGUGAAGGAGGAAUCGGAAGAGGGCCUGCUGCACUGCUGGGAAGCCCAGUGGCAGGAGUUCCUGAGGACAGUGGAGUCCCCUCACUCAAGCUGGGAGGCCUCGCCGUUGCCGGAGGAGCCCGCCCCGUGGGAUGACGCCAAGGCCUUCCUGGCCUCCUUCGAGCACGUGGCCAAGGCCUGCCGGUGGCCCAAGGAGGAGUGGGCGGCCUGGCUCCUGCCAGCCCUCAGCGGAGAAGCUGAGCAGGCCUUUUGCAGGCUGGAGGCCGGAGACAGGGGGGACUAUGGGAAAGUGAAGGCGGCCAUCUUGAAAGAUGAUGUCCUGCGGCGGGAGAAGCAGCGCCAGAACUUCCGGCGGUUCUGCUACCAGGAGGCUGAAGGACCCACGGGGGCCUACAGCCGGCUGCAGGAGUUUUGCCAGGGGUGGCUGCAGGUUGAGCGGCACUCCAAGGAGCAGAUCCUGGAGCUGCUGAUCCUGGAGCAGUUCCUGGCCAUCCUGCCCCCAGGGAUCCAGGGCUGGGUGCGGGAACAAGGCCCGGAGACCUGCACCCAGGCUGUGGCCCUGGCUGAGGAGUUUGUGCUGAAGCAGCGAGAGGCCGUCGGCCAGCCUGAAGGCCAGGUGGCCUUCGAGGUGGAUGCUGCAGGGUCCUCUGAAAGGAGCCAGGCUUUGUCUGAGAUCAAGCAGCAGCAGCUGGGCCCAGAAACCAAGCAGAGGGAUGGGGAGUCUUUUUUGCUUGCAGGUGAAGUGUGGGAGAGUGAAGAUGAGGAGGAAUUGCCUGGUAUGUCAUCAGAAACAGGCCCGCAUGAGGCACUGAAAGAGAACUUCUGGAAUCAAGAAGGAUCUGAAAAGCAAGACGAAAUUCACCUAGAGAAGGGAAGCAAUAAAAUAAUUCCUUGCCAGGAUGGAGACUUCCAUGAAAUCAUAAUUCAAGAAGAGCAAACAGAAAAGAAAAGAAACAAGUGCCUCAGUGCACGCUGGGAAAUUCACACAGCAGAGAAACCCAGCAAAAGCUUACCAUUUGGGAAGAUCUUUAAUCAGCACAGAAACAUGACUGAAUAUCAAAUGCUCCACUUAGGGGUGAAGCCAUACAAAUGCUUAGAAUGUGGAAAGAGUUUUAGUCAGAGCACACAUCUAACUUCACAUCAAAGAAUUCACACAGGUGAGAGACCAUACAGCUGCUCCAGUUGCAGUAAGAGCUUCAAUCAGAGCACCAGCCUUAUUCAGCAUCAAAGAAUUCACACAGGCGAGAAACCAUACAAGUGUUCUGAGUGUGGGAAGAGUUUCCGUCAUAGUACAAGCCUUACAUCACAUCAAAGAAUUCACACAGGGGAGAAACCAUAUAAAUGUUCUGAUUGUGGGAAAGGCUUUUGUAACCAAUCUGGCCUUAUUAACCAUAAAACAAUUCACACAGGGGAGAGGCCAUAUAAAUGCCUGGAAUGCGGAAAAAGUUUUAGUCAGAGCACACACCUUACUUCACAUCAAAGAAUUCACACAGGAGAGAGACCCUAUAAAUGCUCAGACUGUAACAAGACCUUUUGUGAUCAGUCAGGUCUUGUUAAGCAUCAAAGGAUUCACACAGGGCAGAAACCAUAUAAAUGUUUGGCAUGUGGAAAGAGCUUUAGUCAGAGCACAAAUCUUAUCAGACAUCAGAGAAUUCACACAGGAAAUGAAGUACCCAUAUUAACAUACUCAUAAAGUAGCAGAUGGCCCACGGGGCUUAGCAGUUAGUUUCA